GAAGUUGGUGUCAUUUAGGAUUUAACAAGUGGUAGACCGCUGCUGCACACUUUUCAGUAUUUUUCUGUGUAUAAUUUUGUUAUUGUUAUUGCUGUUGUUGUUGUUGUUUAUCGGCGUGUCCCCCCCUUUUUAAAUUAAUGUAAGAGUUUAAUUCACUUCCAAAAUGAGUAAUAUUUAUAUUCAGGAGCCUCCGACGAACGGAAAGGUUUUGAUCAAGACUUCAGCAGGUGAUAUAGAUGUAGAACUUUGGUCUAAGGAAGCUCCUAAAGCCUGCAGGAACUUCAUUCAGCUCUGUAUGGAAGGUUACUACAACGGAACCAUUUUCCACCGCGUGGUUCCAGAUUUCAUCAUUCAGGGCGGAGAUCCGACCGGCACCGGGACCGGGGGGGAGUCCACCUAUGGCCGUCCCUUUAAGGAUGAGUUCCACUCUAGGUUGCGCUUUAACAGGAGAGGUUUGGUGGCCAUGGCAAACGCUGGACCUCACGAUAACGGCAGUCAGUUCUUCUUCACUCUGGGGAGAGCCGAUGAGCUCAAUAACAAACACACCAUAUUUGGAAAGGUGACCGGUGACACGGUCUACAACAUGCUGCGUUUAGCCGAGGUGGAGUGUGACUGUGACGAGCGACCGCUAAAGCCACACAAGAUCAGAUCUACAGAGGUCUUACAUUCUCCAUUUGAUGACAUCAUACCCCGUGAGAUACGGGUCAGGAAGGAGAAGCACAAGGAGGAGGAGAAGAAAUCUCAGUCCAAGGCAACAAAGAAUUUUAGCUUGUUGUCGUUUGGUGAGGAGGCGGAGCAAGAGGAGGAGCUGGUGACUCAGGUGAGCCAGAGCAUGAAAGGAAAAAGUAAAAGUAGCCAUGACCUUCUGAAGGAUGACCCCAAGCUGAGCUCCGUUCCUGUGUUGGACAGCAAAUCAGGUUUAGGAGAGGUUUCAGAGGGAGAUGAUGAAACACAGGACCAUGAUGAUGAUGAUGAUGAAAAAAUGAGGAAGAAGGAAAUGAGAGAGCGCAUCUCCAACAAGCUGAAGAAAGAGAAGGUGGAGGAGGAGAAGUCUGAGGCACGAGAGGAGAUGGAAAAGAAGACCAGUCGCAGUGAGGAACUCCGUAAAGAAGCUCGUCAGCUGAAGAAGGAACUCCUCGCAAUCAAGCAGCGAAAAGAUGAGAGGAUGAAGCCGGAGGAGAAGAUCAGCUCAGAAGAGCCGAAAGCGUCCAGCGAGGCCGUGUCCGAGUAUCUGGAGAGCAAGAGGAAGUACGAGGAGAUGAGGAUGCAGAAGCUGAAGAAAGGCUCGAGCAGAGAGGCUCAGACACUCGCUCUUCUGGACCGCUUCAAAUCCAAGCUGUCUACCGCUAUCUCACAAACUCCAGAGAAACCUGAUGACCAGGAGCUCGAAGAGGACGACGAUAAUGGAUGGAUGUCUCACGUGCUGCAGUUCGAUGAACAGAGCAGGAAGGUGAAGGACGCUAACAUGCAGGAUGAAGACACGUUUGAGAUCUAUGACCCGCGGAACCCCGUCAACAAGCGCAGAAGGGAGGAGAGCAAGAAACUGCUGAAGCAGAAGAAGGCCAAGAGGUGAUCAUCUACUCUUCAUCACCUGCUUCCUCUCACGCUGUAGAUCAUCUGUUCUGUCUGUGUUCAGGAAGCUGUGCUCCCCCUCCCCCUCCUCCUCCUCCCUGACUAACAUCAACACCACGUGAUGAUCCACAAAGAACACGUCUGGUCAGCCUCGCUGGACAUUUACAUCUUCACUGAAGAGUCAUGUUCAUGCUGUCUGUUUAAUAAACUUUCUUUUUCCUAAAA